AGAAGUAAAACUGUCGUCGACAUUCAUAUUCAUUAGCCACCCAACCCAACAGUACAGAUAUCUUCUCACCGGCCAGGCCACCUAAUCCUUUUGUCCCCAUCACAGUACACUGUCACUAGUAACUAGUAACACAAUAUCCCACUCCUACUCCCCUCCUCCUCUCUCACAUCUCUCUCUCUCUCUCUCUCUCUCUCGAUCCCCAACCAUCUCCACUCACUUCUCACCCUUCCAUUUCUCCCAUGGAGUACUCCAACAGACUCCACUCUCCUCCUUCCAUCCUUCUCUUCAUCUCAGGGAUCCUGUUUCCGGCAAUGGUGGCUGCAAUGGGCAUCAACUACGGCCAGAUAGCGAACAACCUCCCGUCCCCCGAAAACGUAGUCCCCCUCGUCAAAUCCAUCGGCGCAAGCAGAGUCAAGCUCUACGACGCAGAUCCGCGCGUCCUCAAGGCAUUUGCCAACACCAACGUCGAGUUCAUCGUCGGACUCGGCAACGAGUACUUAUCCAAGGUCAAAGACCCCGCCUCCGCCUUGUCCUGGGUCAAAACCAACGUCCAAGCCUACCUCCCCGCCACUAAAAUCACCUGCAUCGCCGUCGGAAACGAAGUCCUAACCUUCAACGACUCGUCCCUGACCGGCAACCUACUCCCCGCCAUGAACAGCGUCCACGCCGCGCUAGUUAGCCUCAAUUUGGACAAACAAGUUACCGUAACCACCGCUCACCAGUUAGGCGUCCUCGAGACGUCGUAUCCGCCGUCAUCUGGAAGCUUCCGUCGGGAUCUGAAGGGAUGUAUUACACAGAUCUUGGAUUUCCAUGUCAAAACCAGUUCUUCUUUCCUCAUCAAUGCGUAUCCUUACUUCGCUUACAAGUCCAAUCCGAAGCAAAUCCCGAUCGACUUCGUCCUGUUCCAGCCUAACUCGGGGAUAGUAGAUCCCGCCACGAACUUCCACUACGACAACAUGCUGUUCGCUCAGAUCGACGCCGUGUACUACGCUCUGGCCUCGGUUGGUUACAAGAACAAGCUGUCCGUGCAGAUCUCGGAGACCGGAUGGCCGUCGAAGGGAGACUCGGACGAAGCGGGAGCGACGGUGGAGAACGCGAAGAAGUAUAAUGGAAAUCUUUUGAAGCUGAUUGCGCAGAAGAAGGGGACGCCGUUGAAGCCGAACUGUGAGCUGAACGUGUUCGUGUUCGCGUUGUUUAACGAGAACAUGAAGCCCGGGCCGACGUCGGAGAGGAAUUACGGCUUGUUUAAGCCGGACGGAACGCCUGCGUAUUUGCUGGGGUUGAACGGAAGUACUGCUGUUGCGACCAAUACGAGCGGUGGAGGCUCGAACACCAAUACAGGUGGUACGGCGCCGCUGACGCCGUUGCCGCCGCAGGGAUCGUCGUCGGGUUACUUGUCUAUCUCGUCAGCUUCGGUGAGCGAACUGAAUGAACACUCUUGUUGUUGCUUUUCUAACGUGCGCGGGGUGCAGGUUUCAGUUGUGUUUUUUAUGCUGCGCAGUUUAGCACUUCACUUUUUUACUCCGUUCAGAUUUGUUUUGUGUUUAGAAGUAUACUCAUCGAUUGGGACAUUUGCUAAAUAUCGUAACUAGUGACGGAGAGUCGGACACCUUUCGGCUAACGGAAAGAAAACGACAGUCCAAUUAUUUGUCGUAUCAUUUUCUGGUAGUGCUAUUUUCCGAUGAAAAUAUAUAAACCUUCUUGCGUGUAAUGUUUUAAAAACUUCAAAAUUAAUUUAAAGAGUUAUUUGAGAUUUUUAAAAGUUGGUGCAUUUAAACAAAUGUGCACAAUAUAUUAGUAUGAAAAUAUAAAACACCUAACACAACUUUGUUCGGAGCCGUUCAGUGUACGAGAGUCGAUGCGUAUCAAACGGCUUUUGCCACAGCUGUGUAAAGAGUUGUGUUUUAAAUUGUUAUCUUAGGAUUGCUCGUGAAAAAAUUAUCUCUAAUUUUUUUUUUUUCGAGAGGGCAAGGUAUUCAUUUUUGUAGCAGCAGUUGAUUUUGUGGACGGGACAUUCUCAUUGAUUAUGGGAAACAUUCCCACUUAAGAUAAAGCCAACAUUAUUUAUGUCCAUUUAUCGGUUAAGAAGUUUGCUGAAACCUCAGGACUCGGGGAGCCUAUAGUGAGCUCCCUGUACUGCACCCGUUACUGCGUCAUCCGAUCGUCCGUUUCCGCAAUCGAUAAUUCAGAUUCACUGAAGCACUCUUACGGGUUAAAGUUAACUUUUAUCGGUAAGAAUUAACAACAUAUCUGAACUAUUGAUUGCCAAGAUGGACGCUUGGAUGCCGCAUUACAAGACACACUAUGGGGAGCUCAGGGUAUUGGGUUUUGUUUAAAAGCUAUGAUAGAUGUGAAGUGUGCAUUUUUCUUUCGAUAAAUUCCGAAAUUUUAGUCUCUUAUUUGCUCUGUAAAUACUAUGAUACCUAAUUAUUGGUUUGGUGUCCUCUUUCAUUUCAGGGGAAAUUACAUUUUGCCAUCAGUUGGUUCUUUUUGUGCCUUGUGGGGAUAAUAUCAUCAGUUGCCUUCUUGACAUAUUUCUGAGUUUAAAAGUUGCAUCACAUUCAAACGGGUUAGCUAGAUUGCUAUGGUGUGAAAAUCAUGGAAUAACAGGGAGCUUGGGAAUUAGGUAAAGGUAAUUUUCCCCCAUCUUUUUCCUUCUUUCCUUGUACGCCAUUACUGAUAUUCUUUGGUUCCAGCAAUCAUCCUUCUUUGUAUCUGGAUUGCAUUAAAAAUUGCCCGUAAAAGCACCGGAUGGAGUUGGACUUUGGCCCCCUUCCUCUCCUACCAGCUUUCACUUCUUCCUAGAUCAAACGGGCCCACUUGCUAAAGGGGGCGUUUGGUUGGUGCACUAUGGAAAAACGUUUUGAGGGUACUACUUUUUUUCUCCAUUGUAGGGCACUGAUGUGUUACUUUCUAUUCUUUAUUUCCAUUGUUUUGCAGGAUGGAGAUUAAGAUUGUGUAAACUUUUGUAAUAUUAGAUGGAAAGCUACCAGCUGAUCCCUCCCGUGUUAGUAAAAAUUCUUACUUUUGUGUGAGAAAUUUGGAUGACAUUUCAAUUUAUCUACGGAGUAUGUUUCCUUGUA